AUGAAGAAAAAGAACCAAUUUUUACCCACUUCUUCUGCUCCGCCGCCACCACGAAACUCGUCGUCCCCGUCAUCCAGCGGCAGCGCUACCCCCAUCUUCUCUACCAUGAACACCCUGUUCAUUUUCUGCUCCGCGCCACCCGAUCAUCGGCAUCCCGCACAUAACAACCUCCAAGAUGGAGCUCCUGCCGCAGUGGGUCACCAAUCUGGCCACCGCGUGUUCCAGCACCACUCUAUCACAGGUGAGAUGAGUGUGAUUCGCCGGGUGGAGAGUCUCCCUGCCAGGCUGUCGACGUUUGACCAGUCGUCUGAGGACGUGAAGGACCUUCACGAAGUCUUGCCUUUGUCGGGCUCCGAGCUGGAAAAGGAUUAUGGUGAGAAGGUUUGUGAAAGCGAGGGUGGAAUUAGCGAGUUCUCUGUUGUGGAGAAGGGGCAUAUGCAAUUUCACACUUCAAAAUCGGUUUUUCUGAGUUCUAAUGAGCAGGUCCAUGGUGCAAAAUCGUGCUACAUGUUCCUUGUACGUGGAGAUUCAAGUCGUUUUCCUCCUGCAUCUCUUAACUAG